AAUCGACGCCUAUGGCUGGGGAUUGUAGUUUUUAGCGAAGUGGCGAGGAGAACUGCUUGGUAUCUAUUCCCAAACCGAAACGGGAUCAUCUAUGCGCUGGAGUUGAUCUCCACUUUUCAGCUUUGCGCAUGCACGCACGAGUUAAAGCUGCUCGCAGAGAUGCGCGGACUGGAGCCGCGGAUCGCGCUGACGCUCACGUUCCUCAUCUCGGUGGUCCACGGACUUUCAUUCCGCGGCGCGAUCUGUAACCCGACCGGCGCUCUGGAGCAGCUCUACCUCGGGACUCUGACGCGGAGAUGCGCACUGACGCGGAUCUCAUGCCAGCUGAUCGCGGCGGGAGCGGCGCGGCGCGUCAUGCCUCACGCAUGGGCGCUGGCGCUCUCUGACCUGCACGCGCAGCACUCGCUGACGGGCUUUUCAUGCACGAACAGCCCCGUUAACGCGCCUCUGCUGCAGGCCGCCGCGGUGGAGCUGGGAUGCGCGUUCGUGAUGCACACUGCGGCGUUUAACAUAGAGAAGGUGGAGGAGAAAUAUCGCGUCCCUGCGAUAGCUGCUGUCAUCACUACAUUAGUCUAUGCAGGUGGUCAUCUCACUGGCGCUGUGUUUAACCCAGCACUGGCCUUCUCCAUACAGUUCCCCUGUCCUGGGAACAGUUUUGCGGAGUACAGUUAUGUGUACUGGAUCGGACCAAUACUAGGUAUGACAGGCUCUCUGCUGCUUAUUGACAAAGUGAUCCCUGCUGUUUCAGGGAAAAGCACAAUUCCAAAGCACUUGAGCCCUAAUAGACUUGAGACGAAAAAGAUGAAGUGAAUUAACCCCUUAUGACAGACACUGAUUGCAUAUGUGAUUAUAUACUGUGAAUAUACACUGUAAUUCUCCAGCUCAUCUCCAAGUAUUAAACAGGGUUUCUGCAGGUUUUAAAAGGUCUUAAUUCGCCCUUCUCAAGGCCUAAAAAGAUCUUAAAUCAGAACAGUCUUAAAUUCAUAACAUAAAUGUUGGAUGCACAGGACAAAUGAAUGUCUUCCUCAGUAUUUUGUCUUGUAUCUCUAAUACAAAUAUCUGAACGUCCUUAAAUCAAGAUAUAGCUACUUGAGAUGCAAGCUGAACAUAUGAAAUCUCGUUUU